GACACCUCCCACUUGCCUGGUGUUGUUGUUUUUUUGCUUCCCCCCUUCUGAGCAAAGUGACAGGCGAAACGACUAGAGGUGGCAGGGAGCAGAAGUUUCCCCCCUCCAGCUUCGUCCGCUCCUCUUCUCCAUCAUGGAGGACAAGGGACAUUUCUCCCGAGAGGAGAUCAACAGCACGGUGUGGGAAGUCCCGGAGAAAUACACGCGGCUCAAGCAGAUCGGAACCGGGGCGUACGGCGUGGUGUGCUCGGCAAUAAACGAGAAGACUAAAGAGAAAGUGGCCAUCAAGAAGCUCCACAGGCCCUUUCAGUCGGAGAUCUUCGCUAAGAGGGCUUACCGGGAGCUCCGGCUGCUCAAACACAUGAAGCACGAGAAUGUGAUAGGACUCCAGGAUGUGUUUACACCUGCCUCCAGCUUGGAUGAUUUUCAAGACUUCUAUCUGGUGAUGCCUUACAUGUACACCGACCUGUCAAAGGUGAGGGGUCAUCUCUCAGAAGACAAGGUCCAGUUUCUGGUUUACCAGAUGCUCUGUGGACUGAGGUACAUUCACAAGGCAGGAAUCAUCCACAGGGAUCUUAAGCCUGGAAACCUGGCUGUUAAUCAAGACUGCGAACUCAAGAUCCUGGACUUCGGGCUGGCUCGCAGUACCGACGCGGAGAUGACCGGCUACGUGGUGACCCGUUGGUACCGGGCGCCUGAGGUCAUUCUGAACUGGAUGCACUACACCCAGACUGUGGAUAUUUGGUCUGUGGGCUGCAUCAUGGCUGAAAUGAUCAAUGGGAAAACCCUAUUCAAAGGAAAAGACUACAUGGACCAGCUGUCUCAGAUAUUGAAAGUCUGUGGAGUGCCUGGACAAGAGUUUAUACAGAAGCUUGAAAGUCCAGAGGCCAGAAGUUACAUUAAGAACCUCCCUCGCCAUCCUAGAAAAGACUUCUCAACAUUGUUUCCCAGAGCCAGUGAAACGGGUAUCGACCUCCUCGAAAAGAUGCUGGUUCUGGAUGGAGACGAGAGGCCCACCGCUGAACUUGCCCUGGAGCACCCGUACUUUGAUGGUUUACGGGAGCCGGAGGACUUUCCUGAGCCCACGCCUUAUGAUGACAGCCAUGACAACGCAACAUUGUCCCUAGAUGAGUGGAAGCGGUUGUGUUACAAAGAGGUGAAAAGCUUCGUACCAUUUCCACGGCGGGACUCCAAGAGAAAAAACACUCUUACGAUGUCUCCAUGACGCCCCAAAAGAUACAGCACGCAGCCAAUGGUGCCCAUGUAUAUGCCUGACCCGAAAUCACACUAUUUCUUUUACUUUGGAGGAAUUAAGAUCCAGUGUUGAUAGUGAUUUAUUUAAAUACAAAUGUUCCUUUUUUUUUCUUCUUUUUUUUUUCGAAAUGUGUUCCUAAAACUAAAUUGUUACAUGUCAGUGAAUGGUGUUGCAAGUUCAUUGUGAUAAAAUGUUGCAGGUUUUCCUGUAAGAUUUACUGUAACACUGCUUUCCAAUUAAACAAUAAGACAAGAUC